UCGGAAAGCGCGAGUACGCCAUGAGCUCAUUGUUGGUGGGAAUGCAAUGGCGAUACAAAAAGUUUUCGAGAUUUUACCCUAGUUUUAGUUAAACUUUACACAUUGUUUUUACUUUUUUUUAAAGUUUUAGUCAAUGCAACGAUGGCUGAAGUCUUUCCCUUAGAUAUUAACGAUCAAAUAGACGAGGAAGAUUUAAGCGACGAUGAAUUCGAAGAGGGCCAGGUAUGUGAUGAACCGAUGGAAAAUGACGAAAGUUCGCUUGAAGUGGAAACACUGUCUAUUUCUGAAGAGACUGUUAACCCUAAAGAUGAGAAAAUAGGCCCAAAUAGUUUCGAACUUCUCAAAGUUCUUGGAAAAGGAGGAUAUGGGAAGGUUUUUCAAGUCAGGAAAGUGGAUGGACAGAACAAGGGGAAAAUAUUCGCAAUGAAAGUGUUGAAAAAGGCUGCCAUUAUAAGAAGUCACAAAGACACUGCUCACACCAAAGCUGAAAGAAAUAUUUUAGAAGCUGUUAAGCAUCCUUUUAUAGUUGACCUAAUCUAUGCUUUUCAAACUGGAGGAAAACUGUACCUUAUUUUGGAAUAUCUCAGUGGUGGAGAACUUUUCAUGCACUUGGAGAGAGAAGGAAUUUUCAUGGAAGACACAGCAUGCUUCUACUUGUCUGAAAUAGUGCUGGCCUUGGAACAUCUCCAUAAGCAGGGAAUUAUUUACAGAGAUCUCAAGCCAGAGAACAUACUGCUAGAUACACAAGGACAUGUAGUGUUGACUGAUUUUGGUUUGUGUAAAGAGGCAGUAUUUGAAAACAGUUUAACUCACACGUUCUGUGGAACUAUUGAAUACAUGGCGCCUGAGAUUCUCACACGUAGUGGUCAUGGAAAAGCAGUUGAUUGGUGGAGUCUAGGUGCACUCAUGUACGACAUGUUGACGGGCAGUCCUCCUUUUUGUGGGGACAGCAGGAAAAAAACAAUUGACAAGUGUCACCCCUUCUUCCGCUCUAUUAACUGGGACGAUCUUUAUUCUAGAAAAGUGGAGCCCCCAUUUAAACCAAACAUUACCGGAGAGGAGGAUGUUAGUCAGUUUGAUAGUAAAUUUACCAGACAGACACCCGUCGAUUCACCGGUGGAUUCAAUGUUGAGCGAGAGUGCAGAUAAAAUAUUUCAGGGCUUCACAUAUGUAGCACCUUCAGUUAUGGAUUCAUUAAAUAGAGAAAUACCCAUGUCUCCUUGGAGAUACACAAGAUCCCCAAGAAAAAAUACACAGCCUAUGAGCCCCGCCAAGGUUAAGGAAAAUGGCUACAGUCAAUUUGGGUUUGAACAGUCGUGGCAACCAAACAGAACAGUCACUCCGCUAACCAAGACACCUGCUAUGAAGACACUUGACUUUAACUCCUCAAACUCUGCUGUUGCCAUGGAUACUUCUCAUGGAAGCGAUAAAGUUCUUAAUGGCACUGACAGUCUGUUACAGUGCGGCAACUCUUCCCUUGCUCAUUCCACCAUCACUAACUCACCUCUCCAAAUGACGUAACCUUUAACUUAUGCUAGAUAUCCUUAAUUAAUAAUUCAAUUGUUAUUCAAUUAUGAUAAUGUAAUAAUUAUUGUUCUACAUUAUCAUAAUUGACUGUCUGCAUAAUUUUUACCAAAUGACAGAGUGAUGUUGUCUCAGAAUCUUUGGUUAAUGCUAAAGGUCUUGUAACAAAGUAAAACAAUUUCAUUCUUUAUAAAUUUCUUCUUGAAGAUAGAUCUUGACAGUUAUUUCUUACAGAAAAACUUAGUAACUGUAGCAUGGCUUGUAGGCAGGAAUUAGUUGGCGAGUUAAAUAAGAGGAAAAGAAAAGGCUUUUAGUGGGUGUGUGUUUACUGUGUGGGAGAAAGCCAACAGAACCCUCAAAACUCCAUGUGUAAGGCCUACUUAGAUUGUCGAUAUCUACUUAAUCUCUGAAAGCACAUAAUUUAUUACCAGUCUCUUUGCUGUGGAACAAGUAGCUGGUGUUGGAAUCUGAAUGUCCAGGUUACAACACAAACUCUACUUACAUUGUGGUAAAGAUAACAUGACUGUAUUCGUUCUAUGGUAUUGAGUAGCAUAGUCAAAUGACUCCGCUAGUCUUUCCUUCAUUUUCUUUAUCACAAGAGCUUUAUAUGCCAUGGAGAGACUUAUUUUAUUUAUUGGCUUGGCAAAAUUUAAGGUAUUGUAACAAAGGCUGGUCCGCUUGUGAUAAUGUGAUAUAGAUGUAGAUAUGGAGUUCACCUUUGCAAUGGGUCAUUUUAGAUGUAAGCUUUAAUAACAGAUUAUAAGUAGAUAUUAGGAUGCUGAAAUGUUGAUCGAAUGAUUAUGGAUAGCUCUAAUAAUUUAUUUUACUAUAGUGCAAAUUAGCAAAUAGUUAUAGAUGAAAUUUUGAUUUUGGUGAAAUGCUGAGGUGAUUUUUUUACAGCGUUUACUUUUCUCGAUACAAGAAAGCAUCUAAUUGAACUCUAUGAAUAAUUUAUUAGAGACUUCCUGGUAAAUGACUGGUUUCUGCUAGAAAAGAGAAUAUAUUUUUUACAAAGGCGAUAUAUAAUGUAGGCCCUGAUUGUUCAAAGGGUGGAUAACGCUAUCCACCGGAUAAAUCACUACGCAGUGGAUAGCGUGGUUUGUUUUGACAACACUUAUCCACUGGAUAGCAGUUCAUCCAGUGGAUUGCGUUAUCCACACUUUGAACAACUAGGCCCAGCCCUUUAAGAUUUUAGGAUGUUUUAGUGUCAGUUUUAAUUGAUUGCUGAGGCUAAUUUGUCUAUCCCCCGAGUUACAUCUAAAGAAAUGUUGAUGGUGCAAUUUAGUGGGCAAACUAUAAAAAAGAUUAGUUUGAAUGGCAAAGCACUUGUAGAAGCUUAUAUGCUUAUAUUGCUUAUAUUUGAAAUUUUUUAUUUCACAAUUACCACAAGCACAGCAUCACACAUCACACCUCUAAGCUGAUCUUGAGAUCUUCUGUUGGUGGAAAGUCUUCUUGUUCAAGAGGUUUUCCUUCUUCUUUAUCAUGGUCUUCCUUAAGUUUUCCAGUUAGAAUUAUUCGUCAACUGUUUCCAGUUUCACUCUAACUCAAUUUUCAUACUUCAUCCAUUGUGUGGACAACAUUUUAAAAUUUAACAAGUUUGUCAGACAGUUUUCGGAAAACAACUCUGAAAAUAAUGGAACAGUGUGUGUUUAGUUAUUUGACUGAAUGUUAUUCCUGUAUAACUUGCUUUAGUAGUUGAAUUUAGUCGGAAAAUAUGGGGUUUACAUACUCAGUACAACUAGACCUGUAGAUAUUUGUCAUUUUGACCUCGGUAAAGAAUUUUUUCUAAGCAAACUACCCACUUCAGUAAAAUAAUUUGUCAUUUGAUUAUUACUGCCUGCUGGACAGACUCUCGAUUUUAAUUGAUAUUUUCUGACCUGACACGUUUCACUAAUCAAUAUAUUUGUAUUUUUUGCAAGAUGAUCUUUAAUUUGUCAAUCAUCGUACUUUUAAUUCCCGAGAUUUUCCUUCUUGCUCUGGAAUGUUUUCACGCUGUUCUUGCUUUGAUAGGAAACGUUUAUCACAGUCUCACUUUGUCACAUUUGUACCCUAACAAUACAACUUUUAAAAUUACCUGACAAUCCUGAAAAUGUUAAGGUCAAGUUGAGGAAACUAUGGUGUUGCUGGUUAAAACUCCUCUGUUUGCAAGAGUAAAACACAAAUGGAGUAAAAUUUUUAAUGCUUAAUUGUCCCAGCAGCCUAUCUUUACUGUUCAUUAAUUUUCAGCGGCGACCCUAUUAGUUAAAUAAUAUUUAUCUUAAAUAUUGUAGGCACUAUUUAUUAAGAAAGAGAAAGUACACUUGUUCCCAGGUGCAAGUGGAAACAAGGGAAACAUUUUUGCACGUUCGCAAUGGAUUUCGGGAAAAAAUAGUAUUUAAAAACCGUCACCAGCUUCCCAAGAUCCUCUUUGUCCUCUUAGAUCCCUUCCCAUAAUUCCACCGUUUCCACUUGUAGGGACUGGGAAUGGAUUGUGUUGCCAAGUUGUAAUUUAUGCUUUUCUACAAAAAAAAUAGGAAGCCACUGUACCAUGUAAAAUAAGUUAGAUUAUUUUAUCUUAAUAGUCACACGUCUUAAAGAUUUGUUGCAACAAUAAAAUUUGCUCGGCGUAUUCUGA